GUGUCCUUAGGAAUUCUAAAGCAUCAAGAUGGAUGAUCUGUGGGAAGACAGGGAUGUCAGAUUCGACGUGAACCCGUCGCAAAUGAAGAUGCGUCCUGGGGAAAAGAUGAUUGACAGGCUGGACGCUGUAGAAGAUACCAAAGGCAACAAUGGAGAUAGAGGGCGUAUAAUUGUGACAAACCUAAGGAUCAUUUGGCACUCACUCAGCAUGCCUCGAGUCAAUUUAUCUAUUGGAUUUAACUGUGUGAUCAAUAUUUCAACAAAGACAGCUCAGUCAAAAUUAAGAGGGACUACAGAGGCUUUGUAUGUCUUGACAAAGUGCAAUACCACUAGAUUUGAAUUCAUCUUCACAAAUUUAAUUCCUGGUUCACCUCGCCUGUUUACGACUGUAAUUGCAGUACACAGGGCUUAUGAUACGUCUAAGUUAUAUCGUGACCUGAAGCUACGGGGCGCACUGGUCCACAACAAACAGCUGAGACUUCUUCCCCAGGAACAGAUCUAUGACAACGUGAAUGGAGUGUGGAAUCUGUCCAGUGACCAGGGUAAUCUUGGAACUUUCUUUAUCACCAAUGUACGGUUGGUGUGGCAUGCCAACAUCAAUGAGUCGUUCAACGUCAGCAUCCCGUACCUCCAGAUGAGAUCUGUAAAAAUCAGAGAUUCCAAAUUUGGAUUGGCUCUUGUUGUAGAAAGCUCUCAGCAGAGUGGUGGUUUUGUGCUGGGGUUCAGAAUAGAUCCCGCCGAGAAACUUCAGCAGGUUGUCAAGGAGAUACAGAGUCUGCACCGGGUUUACAGUGCAUGCCCUCUGUUUGGUGUUGAAUUUGAAACGGAAGAAAAGAUGGACGACAGUCAGGACCUCACAGUUGAACAUGUACAGGAUGAUGUGGAGAUAGAAAAUGAAGGAUCCUCUGAUGCCUUUGCGGCCUACUUUGCGGACGGAAGUAAAGACAAGGACCGCGACCCUGUUUACUCAGAGGAACUCGGAUUGGCUAUAGAAAAAUUACGAGAUGGAUUCACACUCCAUGGCCUCUGGGAUGUCCUGGGAUGAAGCUAGGAAUAUAGGCAUACAUAUCGGGACAUUCUUUGUUUACAACUCGGACAUCCCUAGCUGGCACCAAUCCAGGACAUAUAGAUGAUGUCUGCGACAUUGUGUAGGUCAUGCUCUGGUAUUUGGGACAUGCAUGGUUGACAUCCGAGACAUGCUUGAAUGAUUUCUGUGACAUGCUUGAAUGAUUUCUGUGACAUACUUGAAUGGUUUAUGGGAUAUGAUUGAUAUCUAGGGAAAACCUUUAUGACAUCUAGGAUGACUCUGUUGUAUACUUGAGAUGCAAGUGUAUAAAAUUGUAAUGGCUGCACAUAAUUUUCACUGAUUAAGGCAGAAAGUUGAGUGACAUUCAAGCACACAAGACAUUUGAGAAUCUCACAUGACUAUCAAAAGUGAUCGUGAAUGAAACUAAAAGUCUAUAGUGUGUGUCUAAGUGAAAUGUUGUUAUACCUGCCCAGCUAUGUUAUACAUUGUAGUACAUUGAAUUUUUAUUAGACACGCUCUUUUCUAAAAACAUACAUAUAUAUUACAGUAAAAAAGGCCUGUCCUGAUCAUAAGGCAUGUUCAUAGUUUUUAGUAUAUGAAAAAAAACAACCAAAUAACCUUAUUAUAAAACUAUGUAUUGCUAAAAGAUGAUCCUGCAAUUUAUGACAGAAUGUUAUAAAAAUGUUUAACGCCUAUCAAUUUUUCUCAUUUAAGGCAAGAGUCUUUUCCC